UUCCAUAAUUGUGGAGAAGUUGUCUUCAAUGACAAGUCUCACCGAUCCCGGCCAGCUGCAGAAGCUCGGCUCGCUCAUUGUGGGAAUAAAGACAGAGACCUUCUUGACUCUUACGUCGGACAAGCUGCUGACUUCCCUCCCAGAUAUGGCCCAACACACACCAGGCCUCAGCCCGCCACAGGCUAAUGCUAUCUCCACAAAACUAUGGGGCUUCCCAGAAGUAGUGGGUUGGCAGGAUGAUGUGGAGCCGUUGCUCUAUUGCACGCCCCUGCUCAGCGUCAUGCCAAGGACUCGUCUGCUUGUGAACAACCUCACCACCGCAUCCUCCAAACCCUGGAACACACAGCAGGCUAAAGCAAUUUUUAAAGAGGUGCUUGAUAGUAGACCAAACGUAAUCAAACAAGAUUUUCUGAGCCUGGGAACAGUGGGCCAGGGUGUGAGUUGUAAGGUCUUACAGGAACGUUUUCGAGCUGAUUCCUCACCCUCUUCAGUGAGAAAAAUCCUGACCUCCCUCAGACAGCAGCCUGGUGUUCUUCACACCUCCCUGAAAAAGUGUGUGAUCGAGGAGCUGUAUCAGUUUGAGUUCUUCUCUGAGCUGCUCAAAGAUCUCGGGGCUGAGAUUGCCCUUUCCAUGCCGGUUAGCACCAUUAAGAAGUUUCCCACAGAUAUGAUGGAGACUCUGAGGAAAAUAAUUGUCCAGGAACCUCAUCACUUCCUCUUGCUCUCCAGAACAAAACAAGACCUGCUGGUGGACAAAAUGGUGCAGAGGAUGGGCAUGUACACAGGGGUGUUCACUGAGGAGGAGUUUCGUUCACUGGGCAUUAUGGCUCCGUUUGUGGUGGAUGAGGUGUUGAUUCAGCUGGACCGCAGCUUCUUCAUCGAGGACCUGGAUUUCCUCCAAGGUCUCUGCUACAGCAACAGCAAGAUGGACAUUAUGGCUCGUAUCCUGCAAGAACCUGCUGCCUUCGGCCCGGUCAACAACUGGAACCAGACAACACUCAGCCAGGUGGACCGGUUUCUAUUCUUCCUGCCUGAAAACAAACUGCAGGAGAUUUCCCUGGCGGUGAUGACUGUGGGCCGGAUAGAGAAGCUGUUCAUGAGCCAGCGUCAGUGGGAACGUGGGGAUGUGGGGAUCGACUGUUUCAACGAGAACGAGAGGAAGAGAUUCUUUGAGAAGCAACAAUUUGUUCUACAGUUUUUCCUGGGCUUUCUCAAAAUAAAUCCUGAUUCACCGACUCCUAUGGUUCCUACUUGUGAGAUUCUGCAUACAACAUCUCCCUCUGUCUGGACCUCCAAUAGUCUGACCAGCAUGUCCCCAUCGGCCUUCUCCAACUGCCUGGAGCUGAUGGGUCAGGACACGUUUCUCGCAUCCUACCAGCGCAGCCAGGUGCUCAAGAGAGUCAAACAGAUAUACGGCCCGGUUUCAUCCUUCUCCCAGUCUGUGAUCUCUCAGCUUGGAGGAAUAACGAUAGAGCUGACACUGGAGGAGCUGAGCAGCCUCCGACUGACGGAGCGGACAAGCAUCGCUGCUCUGGGGUCUGUCAGCGCCUGGAGCAACAGACAGCUUUCUGCACUGUUUACCACUGUGUUAAACUCCACCAAACAAAGUCCGAGCCAGCUUGACUCCAGCACACUGGUGGCUAUGGGAUACAUUCUGUGUGGAGCUAAAACCACAGAGAUGAAUUCUUUCAACGCUGUUGAGUUCAGUAAGGCGGUGCUCUGGCUGGGUCAGCUGAGGCUCUCCUGCUCUGAGGAGCAGCUGCUGGCUCUUGUUGGGCUACUCGCUCACAGUCUGGCCUUUGGACCCAUGAGUGCGUGGGGAACUGAUAUCUUCAUUGAGAUAGGAGUUCUGGCAGCUGGUCUCCCAGACAUGGCUAUGUCAGCUUUGGCGAAAGAGCAAAUAGAAGGAAUGACACCUGCAGCUGUCACAAUGAUACCAUCUGAUAAGUUUGCUGUGGUGUUUCACCAGAGACAGAUCGGCAUGUUCUCCUAUGAGCAAGCGUCUGCAGUGACUGAGGAGCAGCUCUCUGCUCUGUCCGACGUUCAGAGGACCGCUCUGGCUCUGGUGCUGACACCGUGGGAGGACAGGCCUGUAGACUUCAGAGGGAAGUCAGGGGCGCUGGCACUGGGCCACAGUCCUCUGUGUCUCUCUCUGGGACUGCUGAUGCUGCUCAUCGUCCUGCCCUGCCCCGCCCUCCUCUGCCCCGGCACAUGACCCCACUCACCCCUGCUGGAUCAGGAAACAACUCCUCACCCACAUAACCAAUAUUCUCAUUUAUCUAUGCAAUACCUCGUUGAAAUAAGCAGCACUUCAGGAUUUCUAUUGUGUAAUGACAAUGUUAUUUGUUUUGUGCAUCUUUCACUUAUAUUUACACAUCAACAUUCAGCACUGAAGGAACCAAAGUAUGGUUUAAUUAGAACAAAAAACAGUACAUAUUAAUAUAUACAUUAUAAACAGCAUAUCUAUCGACCAACACUGACCAUUUUUUUCAUUACACUUGGCUUAUUUAUUCAUUUUAUAAACCUCUAUGCUCCACUUCAAAGUAUCUUCUAAUGUGAUGCACUACCCAGAAAAACAACCGAGACACUUAAAAUAUUUAAAUACACCUACAAAGUUAUAUAUUUUUGUGAAAUAAUAUAUUAUUUUUGUCAGAGUAAGAGUUGUUAUGUUUGCUAUAUUUAUAUAUCUAUUGUGUGUUAUGAUAAGAUAACAGGUAUGUUCAAAGAGACUUGAUUCUACUAGUUUCGGUGAACUUGUCAGUCUUACUUUGCUGUGAGUUUUGUAUUGUUGUGCACACUUUCUGGUGUGAUAAAUACAGUCUUAAAUUAUGAACCAA